GUGCUUUCAGAUGUGGUUAUGCUGCUGUUUGUUGGCAGGUCCUGGUCUGGCUUUCAUAGCAUACCCAACAGCAGUAACAAUGAUGCCCGUGUCUCAGCUUUGGUCCUGCCUCUUUUUCCUCAUGCUGAUCUUCUUGGGACUGGACAGCCAGUUUGUCUGUGUGGAAAGCAUGGUGACAGCUCUCAUUGACAUGUUCCCGGGAGUGUUUCGAAAGAAGGGACGUCGGGAGCUGCUGAUCCUGGCCAUUGCGGUGAUGUGCUACCUGCUGGGCUUACUGCUGGUCACUGAGGGUGGGAUGUACAUCUUCCAGCUCUUUGAUUACUAUGCUGCUAGUGGCACAUGCCUGCUAUUCCUGGCCAUUUUUGAAGUCAUCUGUGUAGGAUGGGUUUACGGUAAGUAGAGGGCAAAAACCUGUGCUGCUGCUUCUCAAGGCUGGGGC